AUUUAGGGUGGUUUUCUGAUUCAAGUCAAUCCCGGUAAACAAAUUUACGAUUACUUUCGUUUAGUUUACGUUGGCUUUCCUGAAGAACAUAUAUGGCCGAAUUUUUCGUGUUCGACAUUGCUGAAUCCCUGCUAGGGAAGCUGGCUUCUUAUGUUCAUGAAGAAGUUUCUGGAGCAUAUGAUGUGUAUGAGGAUCUUCAAGGGAUCAAAGACACCUUGUCAAUUGUGAAAGGUGUGCUGUUGGAUGCUGAGGAGAAGAAGGAGCAGAAGCACGGGUUGCGGGAAUGGCUGAGGCAGAUUCAAAACAUGUGCUUAGAUGCUGAAGACGUGUUGGAUGGAUUUGAGUGCCAAAUUUUGCGAAAUCAAGUUGUCAAAGCUUCAGGCAGCACCAGGGUGAAGGUAGGCCACUUUUUUUCUUGGUCUAAUUCUCUUGUUUUCCGUCUUAGGAUGGCUCGUCAAAUCAAACAUGUUAGGCAUAGAUUGAACAAGAUAGCAGCUGAUGGGAACAAGUUUGGUCUUGAGAGGAUUGAUGUUGAUCACAGACUUGUGCAGAGGAGAGAAAUGACUUAUUCACAUGUUGAUGCUUCUGGGGUGAUAGGAAGGGAGAAUGAUGUGGAAGAAAUUAUCAAUCUUUUAACGCAACCUCAUUCUGGUGGUGAUGGAGAUAAUAAAAGUGUGUGUGUUAUUCCCAUAGUGGGUAUUGGAGGUUUGGGGAAGACCACACUUGCAAAGUUGGUGUUCAAUGAUAAGAGGAUGGAUAAACUUUUCCAAUUGAAGAUGUGGGUGUGUGUCUCUGAAGAUGACUUUGACAUUAGGCGGAUAAUUGUUAAAAUCAUCAAUUCUGCUUCAGCUCCAACUAGUGCUCUUGUUCACCAAGAAAACAUUAAUAACUUAGAUAUUGAGCAGUUACAAAGUCGUCUUAGACAAGUGCUUUCUGAUCAGAAGUAUUUACUAGUGUUGGAUGAUAUAUGGAAUGAUGACCGCCCAAAAUGGAUAGAGUUGAAAGAUUUAAUAAAAGUUGGUGGAAUGGGAAGCAAAAUCUUGGCAACAACUCGAAGUAACUCAAUUGCUUCAAUGAUGGGCACUGUUCCCUCGUAUGUUUUAGAAGGCCUUUCUAUGGAGAAUUGUUUAUCACUCUUUGUCAAAUGGGCAUUUAAGGAAGGUGAGGAAAGAAAGUAUCCAAAUCUAGUGGAGAUGGGAAAAGAAAUUGUGAAAAAAUGCCGAGGCGUUCCAUUAGCUGUGCGGACUUUAGGAAGUUCUCUGUUUUUAAAUUUUGAUUUAGAAGGGUGGGAAUUCGUAAGAGACCAUGAGAUAUGGAACUUAAAACAAAAAAAUUAUGACAUUUUACCUGCUCUUAAGUUGAGCUAUGAUCAAAUGCCAUCCCAUUUGAAGCACUGUUUUGCUUACUUUUCCCUUUUCCCUAAAGAUUUUGGCUUUGCUGGUAAUCAAAUUUCAAAUCUUUGGGUGGCACUUGGAUUACUUCGAUCACCAGUUGGAAGUCGACAUGUAGAGAAUGUUGCAAAACAAUAUAUUGAUGAGUUACGCUCAAGAUCAUUUCUAGAGGAUUUUGAGGACUUCGGCCACUUUUACUAUUUCAAACUACAUGAUUUGGUGCAUGAUCUUGCGCUGUAUAUUUCAAAAGAGGAUCUUCUAGUGGUAAACUCACGUACUCGCAAUAUACCUGAGCAAGUAAGGCAUUUAUCAGUUGUUGAAAAUGAUUCACUUCGCCAUGCUUUGUUCCCCAGGUCCAGAAGUGUGAGAACUAUACUAUUUCCCAUUCAUGGAAUCGGUGUUGGCAAUGAAGCUCUCUUGGAUGCAUGGAUAACAAGAUACAAAUAUUUACGGCUUCUAGAUUUAAGUGAUUCCUCUUUUGAGACUCUACCUAAUUCAAUUGCUAAGUUGGAACUUUUGCGCGCUCUCAAGCUUGAAAAUAAUUGCAGAAUAAAAAGACUUCCUCAUUCUCUAUGCAAACUCCAAAAUUUGCUAUUUUUGUCACUUAGAGGAUGCGUGCAGCUUGAAACAUUGACUAAAGGAUUAGGGAUGUUAAUCAGCCUUCAACACUUGCAUAUAACCACAAAACAAUCUAUUCUGUCAGAGGAAGAUUUUGCAGGCUUAAGCAAUGUUCACACUUUGAGUUUUGAGUAUUGUGACAAUUUGAAGUUUUUGUUCAGACGUGCACAACUCCCUUCCCUUGAGGUUUUGCAUGUUCAAUCAUGUGGGAGCCUAGAGUCGUUGCCUCUUCAUAUUCUUCCUAAACUUGAGGCUCUGUUGGUAAGACAGUGCGGGAUGCUAAAUCUGUCGUUGAACUAUGAAAGCGCAAUCCAAAGAUUGAGGAUGAAAUUCCUGCAUCUUGAGCAUUGUCCAAGGCAACAGACAUUGCCUCAAUGGAUUCUAGGAGCCGCUGACACUUUGCAGACAUUGUUAAUUAUAAAUUUUCAUAGUCUUAAGAUGCUUCCCGAGUGGCUGACAACAAUGACUCAUCUUAAGAUGCUUCAUAUUGUUAACUGUCCUCUGCUGUUGUGUCUCCCAAGUGACAUGCAUUGCCUCACUGCCCUUGAAGAUUUGAGCAUAGAUGGUUGUCCUGAAUUGUGUAAAAAAUGUGAGCCACAAUCUGGUGAAUUCUGGUCCUUCAUUGCUCACAUCAAACACCUUUCCAUUGGAGAAACAAGAGAAGGGCACCUCCUUUUUCGAAUGCUGUCAAGGCUGCGGUUGGAUUUGCGUGGUUAGUAAAACUAAAAUGUUAGGCACAAAUGCAGUCAUGACAGAGGACACUACACACGGAACCCUCCACCUUCAGCUUCUUGACGUUACUUUAUUUCGGCCUGCGAAAGGUUACACCGGUGCUGGAAGUGAAACCUAAUAUUGAUGAGAUGGCAAAGAGUCACAAAGCCUGAACUUUUGUUCUGAGAAACAGUAACUAGUUUACUUUAUGCAUGCCUUAGUUUCUUCUAGUGGAUUUUCCUUGAAGCACAGAUGAGCAAUAAAUGUAUGAUUUUUGGGAUGAUGGUGUUAUUAUGUGGAAGUCCUCUGCAUGUUAGGUAAUUUGCUAGCUCUUCCCAAGCAGAAAUUUGAAGCUGUCUGUUAAAGCUUGAGUUCAACAUUGUUGUAUGCUAAGUUCUAACAAUUGACCAAAUUUUGGUCUGUUUUGUUAAUGGUCGAUGAUGAUAAAAGGCUGCAUUAUUAGAAAUAAUGGUUUCUGAUAUUUUCAUUUUGUUGGCUGCUCAAUGACAAUGAUAAAGAGUUCACAUGUCAUUUGAAUUUC